AUGGGGAUUUCACCGACAGACGAAGACAGAAUCAAAAUACUAGAACAAGAUGCAGAAGCAGCUUAUCCAUAUUUAGCAUCAGACGAACAGUCUUCGACUUUCAGAGAUAAAGAAAUGAUGAUUGAAUUGAAAGAUGCAAUGCCCAAAGAUAAUGAUAAAAUAGUGAAUGAUAAUUUAGCAACAAUAAAAGAAACUAAACCAUGGGUUCAUUUUGUAGCAGGUGGAGUAGGAGGUACAGUUGGAGCAGUAGUGACUUGUCCAUUAGAUGUGGUAAAGACUAGGCUACAAAGUGAUGUAUAUCAUGAUAUGUAUAAUAAAACAAUAAAAUCAGGAAAUCCAAUAAGACAAGUAUUCCAACAUUUAUCAGAAACAGGUAAUGCCUUACGUCUCAUGUAUAAAUCCGAGGGAGUAACAUCGUUAUUUAAAGGUUUAGGACCUAAUUUAGUUGGGGUAAUACCUGCUAGAUCUAUCAAUUUUUUCACAUAUGGAGCAACAAAAGAUUUCAUUUUACGAAAUUUUAGUCAUCAAGGUAAGGAAGAAACUUGGAUGCAUCUUGUAUCGGGUAUAAAUGCAGGGUUUGUAACGUCUACUGCAACGAAUCCAAUAUGGUUGAUCAAAACAAGGCUACAGCUAGAUAAGUCUUCAAAUCAAAUAUACAAAAAUUCAUGGGAUUGUUUGAAACAUAUAGUGAAAAACGAAGGUUUCGGAAGUUUAUACAAGGGUUUAAGUGCAUCGUAUUUAGGUGGUAUUGAAAGUACUAUACAAUGGGUGUUAUAUGAACAAAUGAGAAUGUUUAUAAAUAAAAGAUCAUUGAAAAUACAUGGAUCAGAUCCAACUAAGAAAUCAACUAAAGAUCACGUCUUAGAAUGGUCAGCAAGAUCAGGAGCUGCUGGAGUAGCGAAAUUCAUGGCCAGUUUAAUUACAUAUCCUCAUGAAGUUGUGAGAACUAGAUUGAGGCAAGCACCUUUAGCAUCAACUGGUAAACCCAAAUACACAGGUUUGAUACAAUGUUUCAAGCUUGUCCUCAAAGAAGAAGGAUUUGCUAGUAUGUAUGGUGGUUUAACUCCACAUUUAUUGAGGACUGUACCGAAUUCAAUAAUAAUGUUUGGUAUUUGGGAAGUUACCACGGUUGCCCUAUCUAAAUUUUAA